GUGGCACGGCGUAAACAGCAAGUGAAGUGUGUUCCUAGUCGAUGAGAGGAUUUUUUUUUGGGGACAUUUCCUAAAAAUUGUCUUGUAAAUCUAUCCAUAAUCAUUUGAGUUACGUUGCUAACAAACAGAAAAACAAACCGUGGUGAAAACAACCUCUUUGAUGGAGGUAAAGUUGAAGCGCGCCACUUCAGAACCAGAACCAGCGGGUGACCACCCGGUCACGGAGCUGCACUCGGGCGAAAGGCAGCGUACACCAUGGACAAGUCGCCGCCUCCUCAUACAGAAAAUAGAUUUGAAGCCAAGCAUCAGUUUGUGAGACUUUCUGUGUGGGACUUUGAAGCUGGUGAAGGCUGCAUGUGGACCGACUCCGCAGCCCCAAUCUGGAACCCAUAAAGUCUCCCGUCAUCUGGGAACUUCUGAUUGGCUGCGAGGACCACUUACCCCCGUCCGCGCUUCCUGCUCCCAUCCCUGGCUGGGGCCGGGCCCCGCCCCCUGCAGGAGGCCUCUGCGCCAAUGAGAAGGACACGCGCUCGCCGUUUAGGUAUAAAAAGGGCCGAGGCUUUGGGGUUUGUUGUUGUUUUUCUGGUGGCCGGCUGGGGAAACCAAGGAACCUGGAAGCAAGGACGGCCAUGGAGUCGUAGGCUGGUGCGCUGAGAAGAUGAGAGAAGAGGUGUCCUGCGCCAACUCCCCCGAAGGAGGCCUGGGGGCCAGCGAGGAAGAACUGGAGAGGAGCUCCAAGAAGAGUCUGCAGGCGACCCACAGAAAACGCUCCCCUCACCUCAAGAAGGACAAUCAGACGGACCAGAGCGCCGCCGGCAGUCCCCAGCCGGGCCCCAAGAGGGUGAAGAAGAGCCCGCCGCCCGCGGUGAGCCUGGCCCCCGUCGGCUCCCUGGGCCCCCGGCCCGAGCAGCCCUUCGAGGACCUCCACUCCCAGCGGGUCAUCGCCAACGUGCGGGAGCGCCAGCGCACGCAGUCGCUCAACGACGCCUUCGCCUCGCUGCGCAAGAUCAUCCCCACGCUUCCCUCGGACAAGCUGAGCAAGAUCCAGAUCCUCAAGCUGGCGUCGCGCUACAUCGACUUCCUCUACCAGGUGCUGCAGAGCGACGAGAUGGACGCUAAGCUGGCCAGCUGCAACUACCUGGCGCACGAGCGGCUGAGCUACGCCUUCUCCGUCUGGAGGAUGGAGGGCGCCUGGGCCAUGUCUGCCAGCCACUAAGGCCCCCACCUCCUCCUGUCCGCCAGCCACUAGGACCCCCACCUCCUCCUGUCCACCAGCCACUAGGACCCCCACCUCCUCCUGUCCACCUUGUCUCUUUGUCUCUUAUUCCUCUCCUCUUUCCUUUCUUUCAAUUGGUGCAACACCACCGCUCGCCCUCAGAACGCCAACAAAUGGAAAAUUGUCGACGAAAAGUCCUCGCUCCCACUGACACUUUUCCACGGACACGCUGGUGACAGCGAGACGUGGAAGUGGACCCUUGACGGCGAACAAUGGCCCCGAGGAGACGCGGGCGAGGGACCAAGAAGGCAGGCGGACGCAGCCAAUGAAUGUUUUUCUUUCUUGUUUACAUAAUAAGCUGGGUCACGUGACCCCCCCUCCCCCCUCCCCCCAGAGGCCCAAUCACACGCUUCUUUUGUGGAUAAAUGGACUACGGCACGGCCAAUGGCGACGCUUUGCGGGAAAGGAACCAUCUUCUUCUCACGCUUUCAACUCUUAUUUUGUAAAGGAAAAAAAGGAAAAGUGUGA